CGAGCAAUGAAGAUGCGAGUUACCUAGUACGACGGGAGGAUGGGGACUACACACCUGACACUGACACUGCUCUGUGUCAUCCUCUUCACUUGCACGCACGCCAAGAUAGGCUACUUCUGGCAUAUAACAGACUUCCACUACGAUCCUCUCUACACGUCACAGGGCGACACUAGAAGACAAUGUCGAAAAGCAGACGAACGAGGCAGCUCCGGCCACCACAGAGCUCUGGGGCAGUUCGGGGACUACUCCUGCGACGGGUCAUUGGCCCUCAUCGAGUCGGCUGCUCGAUAUAUGCGUACGCGGCAUCCCGAAAACGUCGAGUUCGUGUUAUGGACAGGUGACAUCCUGUCAUCCCGUUUUCCGGGAAACGAGGAUGACAAGUACCAAGCUAUAAGCAACAUGACGGAUCUCCUUCGAGGAACGUUCACGUCACAUUUUGUAUUCCCGGUGCUGGGACAUUCCGACCCGUCGCCGUCGGAACAAUUAACAAAUUUGUGGAUGAAAUGGUUGCCGCUAGAGGCACUGCAAACAUUUCAAAAUGGUGGUUACUACACAAUAGAACAGACGCAAAGCAAGCUACGGAUAGUGGCGCUUAACACCAACCUAUUCGGGGCCCGGGAGUCGCAAAACGUAAACACUGACAAGCAGUGGCAGUGGCUGGACGAGGUGCUCCAGAAGGCCACCAGUAACAAGGAGAUGGUGUACAUAGUAGGGCACGCGGCUCCAGGGUCGGACUCCAGAGUCGCGUACGAUGCGUACUCUGCUGAUGCAAACGCGCGAUACCUAAAUAUGAUACGGAAGUACGCAAGGAUCAUCGCAGGGCAGUUCUUCGGACAUUUGCACGCUGACACUUUUCGCGUGUUCUAUGACCAUGAUCGGCCAGUAUCAUGGGCGCUACUGGCGCCGUCAGUGAGUCCGCAUCGCGACCCGGCUGGCUCAUCCAAUCCUGGCCUAAGGCUUUAUAAGUUCGACAUCAAUACCGGGAAGGUCUUGGACUACACUCAGUAUUACUUAGAUCUGGCGGCGUCAAAUCGUGCGGCGAUCCCUGAAUGGCAACCAGAAUACAACUUGACCCAGUAUUACAGCCUUCACGACGUGUCAGCGUAUUCACUGCAUAAUCUUGCCGAGAAACUGCGCUUCGGCAUACCGCUGGAAGCUGCAAUGUUCCACAAGUACUUACGAGCGUACAACGUCAAACGUGACGCUCCAGAUUCAUGCGACGGAGCGUGUGCAAAUCAACACUUCUGCGCGAUUACAUGCUUAGAACACCUCGCGUAUCGCCAAUGUGUUGAAGCCGCCGCUAGCGCGCUAGCAGCCGCUGGCAACUCCUCUCCGCUUAUCGCUCCGCCUAUUAGUGUGACAAUCGCCUUAUCUCCUAUUAUCGCCAAACUCGUAAAGUUUGUUUAACCAAUUAGUUACGUGUUCUUGGAAUUUGUUAUCAUGUGAAAGGAAAGUGAGGUGCUUACUUCGUGUAUCUCAUAUGUUUUACUUGUUUCUCAGUGGAUCUACGAGUGUUGACUAGUAACAGACAAACAUCUGCUCUGUUUUUCUAAAAUCUGGUAAAUCGUAGGUGCAAAGUUUGUAAUAUUGAUGUGGUUUCUUACUUCAUAAGUGUAUACACUUGUAAGAACUUAGGUUGUAAUUACCUAAUUAAUUUUAAAGCGAACAUUGACAAUUAAAUCAUUUGUAAUUUUUAGCUUAAUAAAAUAAACUAGAGGCUAUAAGUUGUAGUGGCGUUUUUUUUUUACUCCGUUUUUACUACUAUUUAUCCACGUACGCUUCACCGUUCGACAUAUGUCACCGCUGUGCUGUUCUGAAAUGAGUAAGUGGCGACCGACGCCUAUGGACAUUUACGAAUAUUGAAAUACCCGCAACGUGGUAAACACAUUGCGAGAGGCGAUACAUAAGGUCAUAAAAAUUGCCAGUUACCUAUACAGGAUGUUAAAUUAAUUGCGUCACACCCGAAAGGAGGUGGUUCCAUACCAUUAAUACCAGCAAUAUUCACUAUGGGGAACCCCUCAGAAAAAGCGUAAAUUAUUAUCUGUUUGAUGUCAAAGGUUCAAAUGUCAGUCGACGAAAAUAUAUUAUGAAAGUAAACAAAAAUUUUUCGUACUUAUGUAUUAGGUGGAAUGAUCCCCUUCCCAAUAAUUAACGUUAACACCCUGUGUCCUUUUAAAAACCUCUUUUGUUAUAGACAAAACUCAAAUAUUGUAGAUUAUAAUUUUGUA